GUCAAUUGACAACUUGUCAAAAAACGCUUUGCGGAAAGCGGCGAAACGAGUGCAUUUUUUUUACAACUAAAUCAAGCAUAUUAUAAAGAGAUUUGGCUUAUUUGUUCUAGUUUUCCUAAUUAUAACUAUUUAAAACAUAAACAUGCUUAUCAAAGUCAAGACUUUAACAGGGAAAGAGAUUGAAAUAGACAUAGAGCCAACAGAUAAAGUUGAAAGGAUUAAAGAACGAGUCGAAGAGAAAGAAGGAAUUCCACCACAACAGCAGCGUUUAAUUUUUUCCGGCAAACAAAUGAAUGAUGAAAAGACAGCUCAGGAUUAUAAAGUCCAAGGCGGUUCAGUACUGCAUUUGGUGUUAGCUUUGCGAGGGGGCGAGUGAUGUGGUUCUGUCAUCUCAUAUUUAUAUUGCUUAAUUUUAAUUUUUCAUUUAUUGUAUAAAGUAAACAUGAUUACUGUAUUUAAAUAA